AUGAGUAUCUGAUUACUGUUUCUUGGUGUACAGAACAAAUGGAAAUUGCAAAUUCAAAAGCCCCAGGUGAAUUACUGAACUGGGAUGACAUCCAGAGAAUGAAAUAUUCAUGGAAUGUGGCAUGUGAAGUGUUAAGACUUGCACCACCCCUCCAGGGUGCUUUUAGAGAAGCCCUUACUGAUUUCAUGUACAAUGGUUUCUCAAUUCCCAAGGGAUGGAAGAUAUAUUGGAGUGCAAAUUCGACUCAUAGAAACCCUGAAGUUUUUGCUCAGCCCCUAAAGUUUGAUCCUUCAAGAUUUGAGGGAAGUGGACCCGCUCCUUACACAUUUGUUCCUUUUGGAGGGGGCCCUAGAAUGUGCCCUGGAAAAGAGUAUGCUCGUUUGGAAAUUCUUGUUUUCAUGCACCAUCUUGUUAAAAGA